AUUUGACAAUUCAAUUCUAAUAGAAUCAAAAUGGUGGAUAUUAAAGUUGUUGUUUAGAAAACCUAUUUUGGUCUGUGUAUUUUACUUUUACUGAAAUAACAAUUCUUAAAAAUGAGUAAUCAUCACAAUAAUGGGUCCAGGGCAGGAGAGACUGAACAAAUGGCACAGCCGCAAUGUUUAAAAGUGUUUAUACAAAGAGAUUAUAGUGAAGGAACAUUAGUAAAGUUUCAAACUAGGUUUCCACAAGAAUUAGAAGGACGAAUAGAGAGACAAGCCUUUGAGACUACAAUUAAUAGACUGAAUGCAUAUUUUGCAGAAGCUGAAAAAGCAACAUGCUCGACUUAUUGUGAAGGGUGUUUAGCCUGUUUAACUGCAUAUUUAAUUUAUAUUUGCAAAGAGACACAUUACGAAAGAUGUUUAAAGAAGGUAUCAAAAUUUAUAGCAGAACAGAACGAAAGAGUAUAUGAACCCAGAGGUCUAAAACUGACAGACCCAAGCAUGCGUGGACUAAGGGUGCUAGAAAUAAGUUGUUUGGAUCGGCCUCCUAAUGCAUGACUCACACUGUCUCACUCCACACAGGAGUUCUUUAUGUAAAGAGAAACUGGAAUGUCAGUUUCUUUCUCAGUACUAAGUGUUGCAGUGUUCAUUUAUGUAAGACCUAUGACAGAAACAGAAGACUAACUAUACUGGGAGGUAAAAGAAAACAUUUGUUUCCUCUCUGACUGAUAAAGUAACCAUUUUCUACGAAUUUUUAUUAUUCACAACUCAGUUUAGAAACUUAAGUAUUUAGAAUUACUAAUGUUUUGCAUUAAACAGUAUUUGAGGAUUAUACAAUAAAAUAUGCUUAAAAUUGAAACGUUAAAUGUAGAUGUUCGUAACAUUUUUGAAUUUAAUUUGAAAAUGUUUUUCAUCGUUUUUUGCAAAUUUUGAUAUAUCUUCAUCAAAGGUAACAAAUCGGGUGCCCCAAACCAUGGGUAAAAAUUUUAUUUUCCCAUCUAUCUUCUAUAUAGGAUAGCUUCCAUAAUACAAAUAAAAAUCACAGGAAAUAUUGAAUACACAAUCAUGUAAGAAUUUGUACCUAAAACAAAACAAAAAAAA